GUGUGCAGUGUACAGAUGAUACGGAUUUUGCAAUUGAACUCGAUCCGGAAUCCGUGCCGUCUCGGUCCUCUGAUGCCGUUCGGCGGGCAGUAACGUCGACCGCACGACUCCACCUGACGCUGAACGAGGCGACGGGCUCGACCGACACCACCACGGAGACGGCGAUCCGUGCCCAGGCGUGCUCGCACUCUUCCGGAGCAGGACACAGGUCCCCUCGCGCGGUCGCACAGCUCUAGCACUAUCCCACGCAUAUGACGGACAUUCGCGAUUUUAACGUUUUCCCUGCGCAACGGCAACAAGAAUUAGCCAGAUGAAGAUAAUGUCAGAUGAUGACGCUGCACUGGAUUCAAUGGAUACCGAGGAAGAGAUGUUUUCUCCUCGCAACCACAGCUUGGAGUCGAACGUCAGGCGGCCCAAGAGCCUGCGCAAGCUGAGGUCACAUUCCGGCUCUAAUUCCCACAUAACUAGAAACAAUCUGAGUGUACGUCGCAGUACACGUAAUAGAAUGCAAACUUAUGACAAUCUUAAUACAAGCUGGAUUCUAGGAACGCAAACUUUGAAAGGAUAUCCUAUGUUUCAACAACACCCUUCUUCUUCGGACAAAGAGAUGGUAGAUGAUGUCCCUGGUAGGAAACGCGAUGUCCGUGAACGUAUGCCAUUGAGAUCACGCGAAAAUCAUCCUCCAAAUAAAAAUCCGACGAGGCAUCUAAGGGAACGAACGGAGCACGACCGACAAAAUAGCAGGGAACUUCGAGCUAGAGUAGUCGAUCGUGAGCUUAAGGAAAGAACUGAGCCGGAAAAGGAUGUCAGCGAACAGCCGAGACCAGCGAACGAGGAGAAAGACACUAGAACAAGAAAGUCUGACAGUCCAAACAGAUUUAGAGAGGGUCCUGUAACCAGAUUAUGCGGAAGUGUGAUUGAGAAAACUGAGAAGCCCAAAGUCGAGCAGGAGGAGGCGGAUGACGAUAGUUCGCGCGAAAGUGAAAAGCCAGAUAAUAAUGAUAACGACAAUUCAGAAAACGAAGAUGGAUAUGAGGAUAUGUAUACGCGCAUUAAGAGGACAAGGCGUACGGCUCAACGACAACUGCCAAGAGUGGUGGAUAGUGAUCUAAGCGAAUCCUCGGAUUCUCCUGGGCCUAGGAAGUAUAGUUUACGACAAAAAAAGCCUACCGUAGAUAGGUUUCAAGCUAACGUAGAGCCAGUUAGACGUUCUAUUAGAGCCCUUAGAAGUGUUCUCAGCAAUUCGAUGAGAAGGAGGAAGCAUAGAAGUAAGAGCACGAGUUCUGCUGACUCUAGCGACUCCGAGCCUCAGCGUUAUGACAAGAAGAAGGGCAAGAAAGCACGACAAUCGGCUAUACCGCAAGGCGGUCCACCAGAUCGGAAAGCUGACAUAAAUCCUAUCACCUUAGAUACUAACAUUAGAUUUAACGACGUCGGAGGUCUGGAAACCCAUAUUCACUGCCUUAAGGAGAUGGUCAUCUUUCCUAUGAUGUAUCCAGACGUUUUUGAGAGAUACGACGUUACCCCACCGAAGGGUGUCUUGUUCCAUGGCCCGCCAGGAACUGGCAAGACACUGAUAGCUAGAGCGCUAGCAAAUGAAUGCAGUCAAGGCAACAAGAAGAUGGCGUUCUUUAUGAGGAAAGGAGCGGACUGUCUGUCGAAGUGGGUCGGGGAAUCGGAACGGCAAUUGAGAUUGUUGUUUGAACAGGCUCAACAAAUGAAACCGUCCAUAAUAUUUUUUGACGAAAUAGAUGGUUUGGCACCGGUCAGAAGUACUAAGCAGGAUCAGAUACAUGCCAGUAUUGUAUCUACGCUCUUGGCACUCAUGGAUGGUCUCAGUGAUAGGGGACAGGUUAUAGUUAUCGGUGCGACAAAUAGAAUCGACGCAAUUGAUCCAGCACUGCGAAGACCUGGCCGUUUUGAUCGCGAACUGUAUUUUCCCUUACCGGCCAUGAAAGAGAGACUAGAAAUUCUGAAAAUUCACGUUAGCAAAUGGAAAAAUCCGCCGUCUGAUCAAUUACUGGAGAUACUGGCGGAGAAAGCGACUGGCUAUUGCGGUUCAGACUUGAGAGCUUUAUGCACCGAGGCAGUGCUGCAGGGAUUAAGGAGAACUUACCCGCAAAUUUAUAUGACAAACGACAGAUUAUUGCUGGAUCCGGAGAGAGUCGAAGUAAAGAAACGUGACUUUAUGCAAGCAAGCUCUAUGCUCGUUCCGUCGUCGCAUAGAGUGGCUCCGUGCGCAGGAAGAAAAUUACAGCUCUUUAUGGAACCGCUAUUAGCAUCUUCGUUGGAAGAGUUACUUAAUUUAAUAAGAGGAAUAUUUCCUCAAGGUGUAAAUCCUGCAAUGGCGAAAAUGAGAAAUGUCAAGGGUAUCCAUCGCCCAAGAUUAUUGAUCUCGGGUGGCAGUCUUUCUGAGGGUCAAGGACCUUAUUUAGCUCAAGCAUUGCUGUAUUGUAUGGAACAUCUGCCAGUUCAAAUUUUAGAUGUCAGCACACUGUUCGCAGAAAGUGCUCGAUCCCCAGAAGAAACUUGCGUGCAGGUAUUUAACGAAGCGACUAGGAAUGUGCCGUCCAUAAUUUACAUUCGAUCGAUCAAUCAAUGGUGGCCUCUCGUGCCGGAAACAGUAAAAGCGGUUUUCCUAUGCCGUAUCGCAGCACUCGAUCCUUCAUUGCCAAUUUUGAUUCUCGCAACGAGCGACGCAACGUAUCAAGAUCUCCCUGAUCAGCUAAAGAACUUGUUUAGUGAAUUGCGCGGGGAGGUGUAUUCCAUGAAGACUCCUACCACCGAGCAAAGAAUAAAAUUUUUCCGGCCCAUUUUUAUUGUUCAGAGUCUAAGACAGCCACAGAUCAAAAGCAACAAAGUAGAGGUUUUAGAAGCACUGCCAUUAGCGCCGAAUCCGUUGCCAAAGAAAUUAACGGAACAGGAGAAGCGGAUCAUGUACGAGAAGGACGAAGUGUCUCUGAGAGAGUUGAGAAUUUUCCUGAGAGAAAUAUGCGCUAAAUUAGCGAGAAAUCGACAAUUUUUCAUGUUUACGAAGCCAGUGGACACGGAAGAGGUACCGGAUUAUAAUCUGAUAAUAAAGCAGCCGAUGGAUCUGGAAACGAUGAUGACCAAGAUCGAUAUGAACUGCUAUCUCUGCGCCCGCGAAUUUCUCGAUGACAUUGAUCUCAUAUGCAGAAAUGCUCUAGAAUAUAACCCAGACAGCUUACGUGAUAGGCCCUCCCUCGGAAUAUUAAAGAGGGAUCCCGCGGACAAAUUGAUAAGACAUCGAGCGUGUUCAUUGCGUGAUAACGCUUACGCUUUAAUAAAAGCCGAACUGGACUCCGAUUUCGAGGAUAAGUGUCGCGAAAUUUCGAAGAAUCGUCGAAUUUUAGAGAGCCAUUGUGAUAAUGAGGAAGAGAGCAAGAAUUCCAAGCAGGAAUCUACUUCCACAAACGAGCGAGCGGAGAAGAAGGAGUCUGUAAAUUCUAGUCAUUCUCUCGUUGUGAACGGAAAGAAAUUCGGUAGUUCGAGAAAGCGUAAAAUACCCGCUUGGGCUCGCGGUUAUGUGAAAAAAGUUCAUAAGAAGAGAAAGAUCGCUUUCGACGAGAACGUUACCGAGGCGGUCGCGAAUAAAUCGUUAAACAAUGAAACCACCACUAGCAUUGAUCUAGAAAAAUUCCAGGAAUUUGAGACCGAGGCGAAUAGCGUUUUGAACGGGCAUAUGGGACUGUUCGACAAUACAGAUUCGGAGAACGAUUCGCAGAAUGAGAAUUCAAAGGGGAGUCAAAACUGCACUGUCACAGAUCAACGAAUAGAUAAUCUCGAUGAAAUGAAAAUAUGCUUCGUGGAGGAAGACAAGCCGGUGGGAAAUGGCGAUUCGAGUUCGUCGUCUCGACGCGAAAGCACGGACGAAUUGUCGUUUGCCAUCGAAAGCGAUACCAGUCGGGAUAAGAUUGAAGAAAAUGAGAAAGUUUUAGUUGACAGAAACGAGCUCGAAGAUGCGUUAAAUUUUACCGUCGAAGUAACGAAGGACUUUCCCGUCGAGGUAUUGUGCGAUAUCUAUGUGCAACUAAGCAGAUGCGUUGGGAAGUAUGCUCAGAAAUACGAUAGAAAAUCACUGCCAAAGGACUUGCUCAAGGAAAUGGCAAAGUACAAGUCACAACGUCAGUAGAAUACAAUACGCAGGUAUGAAAGAAAAUGCAUGUUACUAACAAGACAAACGUGCUACAUAAUUACGCCAUUGCGCCACCU